UUUAACACAAGUAUCAUUAUCUCAUUUGAAUAAUGAUUCAGUAGUAUAAUUGAAGAGGUCACAUCAAGGAUUGACGCAUGAAGUAUCAGGAUAAAAUGCUCUCGCAUGUAUAUAUAGGUGUAUUUAUUAAUAUCUUAACUAAAUUAGUGGGGAUAGAAUGAUUGAAGAGGAUUCGCGACAUCGAGACACGCCAGAGUAUAUUGUGAAAGGUCGUCACAGUCGUUCGUGUAAAUAAACGUCCGUCAACAAAAGUUUUGCUUGUUAUAACAAAAUAAUUUGUGAUAAGUAUGAAUCUUUCAAUUGCUUACUCGAUACUGUGGAAACUUAUCUCAAUUUCAGUUGUUGUUGGUCAAUUGUCCGAAGGCGAGAAUUGUAGCUUGGAUGAUAAGACACGGGGCGUAUGCAAGCCGCUAUCUAAAUGCGAUGAAGUUAAACAGGAACUAUUAUCCGGGAUAAUUCCCAAGAGCAUUUGUAGCUACUUGUAUUUGGAACCAGUCGUUUGCUGUCGUACAUUGACAAGUACCAAUAGCGGUAAAACAAGUUCUGCUACUACAGCACGAACAUCACGCAAACCAACAACAGAAAGGUCAACAAGUAGAUUUUUUACUUCAAAAAAACCAAUAAGAACGACUACCGAACGUGAUAGUGAUUCAUGGGUCUUUUCGGAUUACACUGAUGAUGAUUCACCAGAGAUACCUCUCAAUAACAACAACAACAACAACAACCAAUUCCAAAAACCAGGCAGCUUGGCAAACCAAAAAUGCGCCGAAUACUCACGUUCAGUCUACACGCUGAUAACUCCACCAACAUUAUCGAACAAUCGUCAGCAAGUUAAUGUUUCUCUCUGUUCCAUUAAAUCGCAAAAACUGAUUGUUGGUGGUACCAAAGCAGGCCCGAAAGAGUUUCCUCAUAUGGCGGCAAUUGGAUAUACUUCCAAAGCAAGAGGCGAAAUUUUGUGGCUUUGCGGCGGUACGCUGGUCUCUGAUAGAUUUGUACUGACUGCUGCUCACUGUACUUAUACUUUAGAUUAUGGUAAGCCAACGCAGAUCAGAGUUGGAGAUUUAAACUUAAAACGCAAUGACGACGACGCAAGACCUCAAGUGAAGAAAAUAAUCGACAUAAUACGUCACCCGGAUUACAAAAAACCGCUGGAAUAUCAUGAUAUUGCGCUUAUAAAAAUGGAAAGUCCGGUUAAGUUUGACGCAUAUGUAAGACCAGCUUGUUUGCCUUACGGUAAUGUCAUCACUGAGAACGCUAUCGCUACUGGCUGGGGUAGAGUUGAUUGGGCUGAUGAAGAAGGAUCUGCUGAUCUGCUGAAAGUAACCCUGGCCAUGGUACCUCACCGAGAGUGCAACGCGAACUUUCUCGGGGGCAGCAGUGACUACAAGCUCAAACAGGGGGUGAUAGAUGAGUGGCAGUUGUGUGCAGGUGAAGAGGGCAAAGAUACGUGUCAGGGUGACAGUGGUGGUCCAUUAGUUAAUAUCAAUGAUCAACACCACUGCAUGUACAAUGUAAUCGGUAUCACUAGCUUAGGAAGGUUGUGCGGAAGUUUUAUUCCUGGAAUCUAUACCCGGGUUUCUAAUUACGUUCCAUGGCUGGAACAAAAUAUCUGGCUUCAACCAUAACCUACAUGCUUUUUAUAAAAUAUAAAUUAAAUAAAAAUUAUUAGCUCAAAA